AACAAAGAAACAAAAAGACACACAAAGGAGAAGAGAGGAAACGAGAACAAAAAAAAUAAAACAAUCCUCUUGUUCUUCCAUUUUCUCUCUUCAUCAUCUUUGUCUUUUUUCUUUAUUAAUUAAAAGACAUUUAUAAUAAAUCACAAAAAAAAAUGAGUUCGAGUAAACUUAAACGAGCAAUAGGAGCCGUGAAGGACCAAACAAGCGUCGGUCUAGCCAAAGUCAACGGCCGAAGCGCUUCUUUAUCAGAGCUUGACGUUGCCAUCGUUAAAGCCACUCGUCACGAAGAGUACCCAGCAGAAGAGAAGUACAUAAGAGAGAUUCUUAGCCUAACUUCUUACUCACGCAACUACAUCAACUCCUGCGUCAACACGCUUUCUAGACGUCUUAAUAGAACCAAAUGCUGGACCGUUGCUCUCAAAACCUUGAUUCUAAUCCAACGUCUCUUAGGAGAAGGAGAUCGAGCCUAUGAGCAAGAGAUCUUCUUCGCUACUCGCCGUGGGACAAGACUUCUCAACAUGUCUGACUUUAGAGAUGUUUCUAGGUCAAACUCCUGGGACUACUCUGCCUUUGUAAGGACGUACGCCUUGUACCUCGACGACAGGCUUGAUUUGAGGAUGCAAGCUAGACACGGGAAACGUGGAGUUUACUGCGUUGGAGGAGAUACCGUGGAUGACAAGCAAGAUAAGCCCGAGGCUGAUCUCUCCAAGGCUAUAGUGGUUAGGUCACAACCUACCGCGGAGAUGAAAACAGAGGAGAUUUUCACCAGAGUACAGCAUUUGCAGCAACUUCUUGACCGUUUCUUGGCUUGUCGUCCAGCAGGAAGCGCGAGGAACAACAGAGUUGUGAUUGUGGCCCUGUAUCCGAUAGUGAAGGAGAGUUUUCAGAUAUAUUAUGAUGUGACAGAGAUAAUGGGUGUUUUGAUCGAGCGGUUCAUGGAGUUAGACAUUCCUGAUUCAGUCAAGAUCUAUGACAUUUUCUGUCGUGUCUCUAAACAGUUUGAAGAGCUAGAUCAGUUCUAUUCAUGGUGUAAGAACAUGGGGAUCGCUAGGUCUUCCGAGUAUCCAGAGAUAGAGAAAAUAACACAGAAGAAGCUUGAACUCAUGGAUGAGUUUAUAAGAGACAAAACCGCUUUAGAAGAGACCAAUAACUCAAAAUCUGUUAAUGAGGAAGAUGAUGAUGAAGCGAGAGAAGAGGAAGUAAAUGAGGAGCAGGAAGAAGAUAUGAACGCCAUCAAGGCCUUACCUGCACCUCCACCAAAAGAAGAUGAAGAAGAAAAAACAGAGGAAGAAGCAGAGGAACCAGUGAUAAUAGAGGAGGAGAACAAGAAAGAAGAGGUUGGUGAUUUGCUGGAUCUUGUGGAUAUAAGCAGCGGUGAAGCUGGAGCAGCUGGAGAUAACUUAGCAUUGGCUUUAUUCGGUGGCCCUUACGCGAGCGGUUCGGGUUCAGAGUCCGGUCCUGGAUGGGAAGCGUUUAAGGAUGAUGGAGCAGAUUGGGAGACGGCUUUGGUGCAGUCAGCUACAAACUUAUCAGGACAAAAGACUGAACUCGGAGGAGGCUUUGAUAUGUUGCUUCUCAACGGAAUGUAUCAGCACGGCACUGUGAACGCCGCAGUGCAAACCUCAACGGCUUAUGGAGCCAGUGGAAGUGCAAGCAGUAUGGCAUUUGGUUCUGCAGGAAGACCAGCAGCAACAGUGCUGGCACUUCCAGCACCAGCAACGGCCAAUGGAAGCAGCAAUGGGCCGGUAGUACCGAUGGAUCCAUUUGCAGCUUCCUUGGUGGUUGCGCCGCCAGCUUAUGUGCAGAUGAAUGAGAUGGAGAAGAAACAGAGAAUGUUGAUGGAAGAACAGAUUAUGUGGGAACAAUUCUCAAGAGAAGGAAGACAAGGACACAUGAAUAUAAGACAAAACCAAAACCAGCCUAAUUACUCUUACACACCUCAAUAUUGAUUCUGUCUGCAGCCUUUUUUUG